GUACUCAGAGGGCUUUAUCCAUGCGCGCGCGUGAACAUGUACCUGUAUGGUUGAGUAAAGGAGUAACCAAAUGUGUAAAUAGUGCAGUCUUAGCCCACUUGGUAGAUACUGGACACCCGAUAAAACUUGACCAGGCGUUCUCAGUUAUUUACCGCGUUCCUAGUAAUUUAUCUAGAGGAGCUCGACUACGUCUUCUAUCAGUAGCUGAAGCGGUGGCAAUUAAUACCAGAAGACCAUCUCUUUGCAUACAGAAGAAGUAUGUUCAACCACUAUGUUUACCUUGGCCUACAAUAAAGCCAACAAAUCCUCCAUUAACACUAUAAAUUCCUUUCACAAUUUUCUUUUCUUCUUCUUCUAUUCCUCUGUUUCAU